AUGAAUCACAGUGCAGACCUAGAAAAAAAGAAAAGAGAAGCUAUCAAAAGAAGGAAACAAAGAGAGGCGAGUAUUCACGGUGACAAUGACCAGGUUCAAGGGGAGAAUAAGUCCCAAAAACAAUACCGGGGGAACUCAGACUAUGAGGUUAUAAACACUGAAGAUGAAUUUGAUGAGGAUAUUCAAUCUCUUUAUGAAAGGGAUGAUGAAGAGGCUGAGGAUGAAACUAGUGCACACUUGAUCAAGGCAGUUGGUUCUACAUUCCAAAAUGAGUUCCAAUAUGAAAUUCAAAAAGUCACAAAUCAACAAGGUUUUCUCCAAGGCGUAGAAAGGAAGUCAGAUAAUUCUAAACUCAACAAGUACAAGUUUUUGUUAUCUAUGGAUAAUACUCUUUGUAAUCGUAAUGACAAAAUAUGGCUAUUUUGGAUCAAUCAUAUGGAGUGUGAUACUUUAGAAGUAUGUGAUCAACAUAUCACUUGUUGGAUAAAACAUGUCAAACACAAUGAGAAAUUUAUUAUUUCUCUUAUUUAUGCUAAGUGCAAGGAACACCUAAGAAGACCUCUUUGGGAAAAACUUAACCACAUUUAUGAUAUGGACAGCCCAUGGUGUACGAUUGGAGACUUUAAUGUUAUCACGUCAACAGAAGAAAAACAUGGAGGCAUGCCCUAUAAUAUGAACAAAAGUCUUGAAUUCAUUGAUAUUAUUGAGGCCUGUGGUUGCCUUAUGGACAUUGGCUAUAGUGGUCAUCAUUACACUUGGUGCAAUCAGAGAUCUGCAUAUGCAAGAGUGGUGAAAAGAUUGGAUCGCGCCAUGGUUAAUGUUAAAUGCUUAGAAUGUAUGCCACAAACUACUAUCUCUCAUCUUCUUGCUGUAGGCUCUGACAACUACGCCUUAUUAAUGAAAAUGGAUGUGAGAAUAGAUCAAAAAUUCAAAUACUUUAAGAUGUUGCAUUGUUGGACUAAAAAUGAUAAUUUGAAGCAUAUUGUUCAAAAUUCAUGGGAAGAGGAAGUACUUGGUGACCCUAUGUUGAAAUUCCAUCAGAAUAUGCGAAAGUUGGCUUCUACUUUGAGUACAUGGUCUAAGAAGGAAUAUAGCAACGUCUUCUCCAUGGUCACUGAUUUUGAAGAACAAGUAAAAAAUGCAAGGGCGAAUGUCAUUCAAAACUAUUCUGAGGAAAAUAGAGCCAAGCUUCACCUUAUUAAUGCUCAAUACAUCAAGUACUUGAAGCUGGAAGCAUCCAUUCUUAAGCAAAAAAUUCAUCUUUAA